AAGAAGAACCCGAAGAAUUAUCAAAUUUAGCUAGAUCGGCUUUUACUCUGUCAAUACAAUUUUUCGGUGACUUUCUUAUCGCCAGUUUGUUAUCAAAGAAAAUUAAAUUACGUGAAUUGGCAUUAAAUGAAAUAAGAAAAAGAAUUGAUUAUUCUAUUUCCAGUGACGACAAUAAUGAUCCUAGCAAUGACAAUGCUGAAGAUGUGGUGGCUGACAAAUUAGCUUUGAUCAAAGCAAGUUAUCAAGUUAUACAAGAAGAAAUGGCCGUUAAAUUGGUAUUUGAAGUGGUUAAACGCGUUGGUAAACAAUUGAUCGAACCGUAUUUCGUUAACAAUAGGAAUGUUAAAUAUCCAAAUUUGAUCAAUGAUAUUUGGAAAUUGGUAACAGAACACGAAACAGUUAAUGGCGAAAUAAUCCAAAGAGCUCCAACACCUGAUCCAAUAAUUACAAAACCUAAAAAUGAAGAUAAAGAAGCCAGCAAAGCUAUUGCCGAUCCAACCGCACCACUUUCAAAUUCACCAAAACCCGAAUUAGUAGAUGCUGAAGUACUCGAAUUGACAGAAGAAGAGUUAAGAGAAUUGGAAGAAUUAGAAAGAUUGGAGAACUUCGAAAUCGAUCAAUCUUUACUUUCGAAACCAUUGGCUAAACGUGGCACUGUCACCAGGAUAGAACAACAACUCAUGGAAUUAAGAUCAAUGGCGAAUAAUACAAAUAAUAUUAUUAAUGAAGAUUACGAUACCGCAUCAAAUAAACCAUCACCGCCAUCAUCCAAGAAAUCUAGCAAUUCUAGUCGUAGUGCAACAAAACCAUCGUCAUCCAACAGCACCGCAUCAUCUAAUAAAUCCAAAAAAUCAAAUAAUACCACUGAUAAAGAAGAGGAUUAUAGUGAUAG